UUCCACAUAAAGCUCUUCCUCCAAGUACUCCAUCGUACCAAGAACCGCACACGGGCAACAUGUCGGCAGAGAAGGAUAUUCAAGCUACCACUACUUCCAAGGAGGGAGAGAAGAGCGCUUUUUCCGCUGCUACUGAGAAGCAGACGGAGGAGGCCAAGGCCGUGUUCAGUGACUCUGCCAAGGCUCCUGAGGCCAAGAAGGAAACUACUGAGGAGAAGCCCAAGGAUGCUGAGCCUACUAAGGCUGAAGCUGGAGAACAAGCUGAUGAGACUGAACCUGAGGUUCAUUUCGAGCCCGUCGUCAAGUUGACGGCUGUUGAGACCAAGACCAACGAGGAGGACGAAGAUGUCGUCUUCAAGAUGCGUGCUAAGCUUUUCCGCUUUGACAAGCCUAACAAUGAGUGGAAGGAGCGUGGUACUGGUGAUGCCCGUCUUCUCCAACACAAGGAAUCUAAGAAGACCCGUCUUGUCAUGCGUCGUGACAAGACUCUUAAGGUCUGCGCUAACCAUUUGUUGAUGCCCGAGAUGAAGUUGACUCCCAAUGUUGGCAGUGACCGUAGCUGGGUUUGGACUGUUGCUGCUGAUGUCAGCGAGGGUGAGCCUGCUGCUGAGACUUUUGCUAUUCGUUUCGCCAACUCUGAAAAUGCCAACCUUUUCAAGGAGAGCUUCGAAAAGUACCAAGCUAUCAACGCUGACCUCAAGCAAAAUUAGAUAUGCCGUCGUAGUCUAUGAACGCUCGACGUACAUAAAGUGAUAGAUGAGAAUGAGACAAGCAAGUGUGUUUGGUGAUUCAAGAAUGGAUUUUGGACAAGUAUAUGAAUACGGGGAAGACGGGAAAGCGAGACAGGAGGA